GGACAAAAUUAAAGCCCAAGUUCCCCGCUUACAUUUUGUCCUCGCAUUUACCUCUCUAAAAUUUUAGUGGCACCUGAAUCACCGGUGACCUCCAAAGUCCACCCAAAACCCGAAACUCUUGCCCGGUAAUUUUACCGCGCCAUUUUGAUCGGCACUUCCCGGUUUCCGGUAUGGGAGUGCCGAGCGACGACGUCGUUGUGAUCCAGACAGGUAACCGGCCUGGCGAGCCCUGCGUCAUCACCGUUAAUUGCCCGGACAAGACCGGCCUCGGCUGCGAUAUUUGCAGAAUAAUCCUCGAUUUUGGCCUUUGCAUUAAAAAAGCAGAUUUUUCAACUGAUGGGAUAUGGUGCUACGUAGUGUUAUGGGUAUUUCCUCAUUCAAGCUCACCAGUUGUGAGAUUGUCAAAUUUGAAGAACCAGCUCCAAUCUGUAUGCCCAUCAUGCACAGUGUCGUAUUACUUCUUCCAGCAGACCACACGACCGUCAUCCUCAGCAGUUUAUCUAUUGACGUUUGUUUGCCUUGACCGCAAGGGGUUGUUGCAUGAUGUUACAAAAAUUCUCUCUGAGCUUGAGCUUUCAAUUCAAAGUGUGAAAGUGACCACAACCCCAGAUGACAGGGUCUUGGACCUCUUCUUUAUAACAGAUAACAUGGACCUUCUACACACGAAAGAACGCCAAGAUGAGACAUUAAAACAAUUGCAUGAUCUAUUGGGUGAGUCAUGUAUCAGCUGCGAACUUCGGCUGGCAGAUCCUGUGUAUGAAUCCCACCGUGGCAUUCCUUCCCUUUCUCCUGUAGUAGCUGAUGAGCUAUUUACGUGUGAGUUAUUGGAUAAAGAAACCCUUUCUCAAGCUCUUAGUCCAGAUAUGACAAAAUUGAAGGAAAGCAAUGUGACAAUGGACAAUUCAUUGAGCCCAGCUCAUACAUUACUUCAAAUCCACUGUGCUGAUCACAAGGGUCUCUUGUAUGACAUUAUGAGAACUUUGAAAGACUGCAAUAUCAAGAUAUCUUACGGUAGAUUUUCUCCAAAUAUAAAAGGCUAUCGUGAUUUAGACCUUUUCAUCCAGCACAAGGAUGGGAAAAAGUUUGUGGAUCCUGAUAAGCAGAAUGCACUGUGUUUGCAUUUGAAGGUGGAGAUGCUUCACCCCUUACGCGUUAUCAUUGCAAACCGAGGGCCAGAUACUGAACUGUUGGUUGCUAAUCCAGUGGAGCUAUCUGGAAAGGGACGACCACGAGUUUUCUACGAUGUUACAUUGGCUUUAAAAACACUCGGGAUUUGCAUUUUCUCGGCUGAAAUUGGAAGGGUCUCAGCAUCAGAUCGUGAAUGGGAGGUUUAUAGGUUUUUGUUGGAAGAGAACCACAAAUUUCAAUUAUCAAAUAUGGUAGCUAAGAAUCAGAUUGUAGAUAGAGUUAGAAGAACAUUGAUGGGCUGGUGAAGUAGAUAUAUUUAUCAUCUAUCUACCAAGAAUCUGAGUCUUACUGUAUUUAUGAGCUUUCCUCUUUCCCCUAGUGCAUUUUGGGCAUAAAAAGAUGUAUGACCUAUAUAUAUAUAUGAUGUGUUGAAUCACUAUUGUGAA